UACUAAGAGUACGUAGUAUGUCCGGAAUCAUAGAUUUUCCCGGAAAAAAAUCAUUAAUAAAAGUGCUCGAAAGUGCAGCUUGAAAUCUGAAACCGAUUCAGAACUUCAACGAGGUGCUUUCGCGUGGAUGAAAAUGAAACAACGAUUCCUAGGGGUUUAGAUGCUCAGAAGUCAGAAAUCAAUAUUGAAUAACAUAGAUGUUCUGUUUUUGAUCCCUCAACAGCUCAUGGAACCAGGAACUAGGGCUGGAUUAGGGAACGAUCUGGUUAAGGAAGUCUACAUUCGUCGUUGAUUUGUUACAAGAGAAACCUCCUUGAAGUUAAUUUGUGAAGCCCUAAAUUAUUUCUUCGACUCAUGGCUUGGAUUUCUGAAGGUAGGAUUCAGGAUACAGGAUACAGGAGAUUAGAUCCAAACACCUAAGAGGUAUCACUUGAUAAUCUCAAUGGCCAUCAUUGGUGAUGCUCUUCGCCAGGCCUUCAUGCCGAAACAUGAAUAUGGUGGCCUCCGCGAGGAAGUGAAGGCUUGGGUCCGCCUCCAGAGGCCCCUAAUCAUGGUUUCCCUGACGGUUCUGUGCCUGAUAGUCCUCAUUUCCGUCUUCAUCAGCUUGAAUAUCGUUUUCCCGCUCGAUGAGGGCAAAAGACCGUUUUGCGGCGAUCAACGGCAUCAACCUCUUUCGAUUAAUGUCGGUGCAGAUUUUGAUACCUUUCCUGGAGCAUUUUAUCUCACAGAGCAGGAAGUCGCCGACUACUACUGGAUGGUUGUAUUCAUACCGUCAGCAAUUAUUUUCUUCGCUUCCAUUGUUUACCUAUUGGCAGGAAUUGUUGUUGCUUAUUCUGCUCCAACACGACAUGGAUGCUUAAGAGUAGUGGAGAAUAACUACUGUGCUUCAAGAAGGGGUGGUGUUCGUUGUCUAUCCAUUCUCAACAUUGUAUUUGCAGUUAUUUUUGGUCUUCUUGCGUUGUUUCUUGGUUCAACCCUUCUUACGUUGGGGAGUAGCUGUUCCUUGCCCUUGUUUUGGUGCUAUGAGAUUGCAUCAUGGGGGCUGGUUACUCUAUAUGGUGGUACUGCCUUCUUCCUCCGAAGGAAGGCAUCUGUAAUUCUUGAUGAAGGGGAUUUUGCUGGUCAAAAUCAUGGUCUGGAGAUGUUGGAGGCAAUUCCCUUAGAGGUGACACCAGAGGUGGAGAGGCAAGUGAAUGAAGGCUUUAAGGCAUGGAUGGGCUCAUCCCUGUUAACAUCUGAUGAAGAAGAUGAGCCUGAGAAUAAGGAAAAGGUGCACUAUCAAACCCAAAGCAACUCUAACCAGCAAAGUGUGUGAUGGUUCUCAUGUUGGUUUUUCAAACUUAAUUUGUUUCAACUUUCAAGCAAAGUGAUUCUCAUUGAAAAAAAGACACAAUCAGGGAUUUUAUGAGCUGGUAUCAUAUAAACAACUAGAUAUUACAACUAGGACAUGAAUUGGCACCUCCUGAGUGAACACAUUCUUGCAUCUACUCUUCCAGGAAACCUUCAUCUCUUGAUUAGUUGGAGUAUACAGUGAAGAUCAGAAUUGUGGGUGUAAAAUACUUGGUUGGUGGUAAAGCCAACUAACUGUACCCUUCUCUUACUAAGCUUCUGUACCAAACAGGUAAGCUAAUUGUUUUAAUUAUAAAUCAUACUCUCAAUAAUUUAUCUUGUUCUAGUUUGCUGCUUUCUUUUAAACCCUUUAUUUUGAGCUCUAAAAAUUAAACAGUGCAAGAUCGGCCCAGGAUAGGAUGUGUUCGAUCUUGUUCCAGUCGGUCAUCUAGAAUUCCAGAAAAGUUCUCUAUGGGUGUUCUUUUGGCGCAACAAACUAAUAAUGGACUAAUGGAGUGUUCUACUCUUUGUGCCACAUUUCCUUCUCUGUAUCUGUAGCUGCUUCUGCACUCUUUUAUGUUUAUCCCACUGAAGGUCUCAUGGUGUUGAAGGUUUUUUUCCCUCUUUGAUGGAUGGUCCUAAUACAUCUCCCUGCUUGGUAUAUCUAAUUACCUGUACCAAAAAGGCAGCAAGAGACAAUUAUUUACGCCCUGAUUUCUGAAAAAAGUUGUCCAUCCAAUUUAGUUCUACUUUGUUUGCUGUCCGUCAAGUACAGCCAAAUUUAUUAGUCUGAUAAUUAAAUAAUUAAAUCUCUAUUAGUUGGUAUUGAC